CUGACAACACUGAAUACUUUGGCCAAUUGGAAGUUAGGCACCUGCAUCCUGCAGAGCAACGAAGGCAGCCACGGUCAUUGUCAUGGUCACUAUUUUGCCUGGACUCCCUCAGCCUCAGACCAGGGGCUGUUGUGUGUAGAAGAGACACAGUGAGUGGCCUGAAGCAGAAGACUACAGAGCACCACUCUCCUUGGACACUCUGGCGGUGUGAAGUCUUGAGCCACCCCAAGCAAAAAGAGAAGAUGGAAAAACAAGGUCCCAGCACAGAGGGAAAGCGGUAGAUGUCCCACAGCAGAGCAAGUAGCCAGGGAGCGACAGAUGGGGGCCGGCUGGGGGCCCCACAACUACCCCUCCUGGGUCAGCCGCAGGGCCAGCACCUGCCAAGGGCAGCAGCCACCAGAGCUGCAGAUGGAGGAUCCAGAUGUUCUCCACCUUUCCCCACUGGAUGUCCCUGUACAAGACCUUGCUCGCAGGAAGUGAAGACUCGCCCACACUUCAGAGUAGGAGAUACUCAACCAGAGAAAAAACUCCCAGGAAGCUCAGCACUUCUGCUGGCAGCAGCCCUUCCCGCACCCACAGGAGCUGCACCCGCACGAGCUGCACCCGCAGGAGCGGCGGCAGCAGCAGACCACGGGGACACUGCAGCAGCCCCCACAGCAGCCGCAGCAGCAGGGGCAGCAGGACGAGCAGCAGCCCACCCGGUAGCACCUGCAGGUGGUACAGCUGCCCCCGCAGCCCCCGCAGCCUCCACAGCCUCCGCAGCUACUGCAGCCUCCGCAGCCUCCACAGCCUCCGCAGCCUCCGCAGCCUCCGCAGCCACUGCUGCAGCCACCGCAGCCUCCACAGCCACAGCACCCCAUGGUGUCAGUAGAGAGGACUCAGGACAGGUGAGGAGGGCGAUCAGGAGAGGUCGAGGGGGGUCUGAUGCCGCCUUCCGCUGGGGGACCCCCUUAUAUACCAGCACCACAAGUCAAGCCAGUGCCUUGUUUACCUGUCUUCCCAGUAAAGAUCUCACGAGGCCUCUUCCACCCUUCCUUGUUGAAGUCGUGGUCAGUUAUCCUUGCUAAUUUUAACCUUCACUUGUCUCUUAAAUCUAUAUCUGGGUUAGAACAUACUUCUAAGAGGUGUGCGCCCAUGAGAACGUAAGGGCAUAUCUGUUUUUUGCCCUGGGGCCUACCAGAGUGCCUGGGCCCUUGUAAGCAUUCAACAGAUAGCUGUUGAGUUACAUAAAUGCCUGAAAUAUUUAAGAACAAUCUUUAUUAUUAUUAUUAUUAUUAUUAUUAUUAUUAUUAUUAAUUAUUUAAAUUGUAACCGUGGGAAUCUGAGUCUAGAAGCAGGUAAAAGUCCUGUGUUGCCAUAGAAACCUCUUAGUCAUCAUGGGUUUCAAAAAAAAAAAAAAACCAUUGCUUUGCUCUCUUCUGGGAUUCAUGGCACAC